AACCUAUCUCGUCCUAUCGCAAGCUGAACGUCUGUUAACAGUACCGUACCAACCACGAGAUACAAUACAUGUGAGAUAAUUUAUUAAAAUAAAAUUCCAAAGUUACGAAACUAAAACUUAAAAUCCAACAGUUUUUAAAGUUAUCAUAUCAAACACUAGUCUCAAAAUGGACUUCAAAAAUAAAGUAGUGAUUGUGACGGGAGCUAGUUCAGGGAUCGGAGCAGCAUCAGCUGUUCUCUUCGCCAAACAUGGAGCCAAACUCACUCUCAUCGGCAGAAAUGAACAAAGACUUGAAGCAGUUGCCAAAAAGUGUCAAGAUGCUAAUGGUAUACCACCACUGUGUCUGAGACUAGACUUAACUGCCGCUGGAAGCUGUGCGGCCGUGAUCACCAAAACUAUAGCAACAUACGAUAGAAUUGAUGUCCUAGUGAACUGUGCUGCAAAAAUGCUAAUCGGAUCCUUAUUCGAUGACAAUAUUGACACUUUUGAUGAAAUGAUCGAUAUCAACCUUCGUGUGCCUUACAAAUUAACGCAUUUAGCCUUACCGUAUCUCAUAAAAACAAAAGGGAAUAUUGUCAAUUUGCAUGCAACAAAAUACACUAAGGUCGUUCAUGGAUUUCUACCUUACGCCAUCUCGAAAGCUGGUUUAGAAAGGUUCACUAGAUUCUCCGCAGUCGAACUGGCAACUGAAGGAGUAAGAGUAAAUGCUGUUCAGCCAGGACUCACCAGAACAAAUAUAUUAGCUAACCUGGCUAUGGGAGAAGAUGAAAUGGAACACACAUAUGAACACCUAUCGAAUAAAAUGAAGAUUUUAGACCCAGAAGAAGUGGCAAAAAUGGUAGUGUUUGUGGCUAGUGAGGUCUGUCCAAAUCUGAACGGUUCAGAUAUAGGACUAACUGGUGCAUCUUGGAUGAUUUGAUCGAGUGAAAUAUUGGACUGUAUUAGUUACAGUGAGGUAUAAAUUAAGUUGUUUUUUUUAAGACUUAUCGAAAUUAAUGAUGAAAUAACUUGACUGGAUUGUGCAAUGUGUAUUUUGUUUUUAUGUGUGCUGCUGUUGCUAAGUUGAUUGUAUGUCGUCUCUAGACCAAUGUCAACGAGAUAUUAGCAUUGUUAUCUUGAUUCAGCAAUAUAGAGGUAAUAUUGUGUUUUUCGAUUUUGAAAAAGUGCUCGUUGCAUUUCUGUCUGCAUCUUUAGAUAAUGAUGGUCGUGAUUUUACUUUUUAAGGUUAGUUGCUAAAGGUUGUUAUUAUUAUGUUGCUAGCAACACGUGAUGUUGCUACAACGAAGUAUUUUGUAUCUUAAUAUGUUAAGAUAGGGUUCGUUUUCGAGUGUUUUAAUACAUCAGUAUUAAACAAAAGUGCUGUAAAAAUCUCUUAGAUACGUGGAAUGGAAAGAUUUGUCAUUACCAUUGAAGAAAGUAGUAACUUAUUUUAUUUAAGGAGGCUUGUAAUCCAUAAUUGACUUAAGAUCAACUCAUGUUUUAUCAUGAACCGAAUCGGUCGUUUUCAUUGACAAAAUCGAAAUUUUAUAUUGGAAAUACCAGCAAUUUAUAUUUUGCAAAAUACACAGGACAAGUAAACAUACUUAUUUGCUUAUCGAAAAAUGCUUUAUAAUUAUUAUUACUUAUUGAUUUACUGUAUCACCUUUGGUGGUGAUUGGUUGUAAAAUCAUGUUGACAUUUGCACAACCAUAUUUGCACUACCAUCGGUAUUUACGCAGAAAUUUAAGGUUAAACACACUGUAAACGUUAUCUGUAUAAUGAUUUUUGUUAUCUUUCAUAUCACACGCCUCCAUGUUAGGCCUGAUAUGCUAUCAGUUUGAUGAUAAACCUUCCACAGAUGUAUUAAAUUGGCAUUCGAUUAAAAUUUGCUAGAAGACUGAUUUUUUGAGUUUUUUUCUUUGCGUGUACUGAU